AUGCGUAUUGGCUCAAUUCCUGGUCAUUUGGUGAUCAAUCGUGGGAGGGAAGAAGUCGAGGCGGUACGUGAGCAUGACAACUUCUUCGUACAGAAGAUGGAUGGUGUCGGCAAACUUGGGCUAUCAACUUUACAAAAAGUUACAUCGGCAUUUCGCAUGCUGGCGUAUGGAACAUCAACAGAUAGUACUGAUGAAUAUGUUAGGAUCGGUGAGUCAACUGCAAUUGUAUGUUUAAAGAGAUUUUACAGAGCAAUUGUAGAAGUAUAUGGAGAUGAAUAUCUGAGGACCCCCAAUGUUGACGAUGUUGCAAGGUUAUUACAAAAGGGCGAAGAAAGAGCAUGGGCAGGACAAUACUUAGGCCGUCAUGGAGGUCCAACCAUUAUUCUUGAGGCAGUAGCAUCAUAUGAUCUAUGGAUAUGGCAUGCAUACUUUGGCUUACCAGGAUCCAAUAACGAUAUUAAUGUAUUACAGUCAUCUAAUUUUUUUGAUAAUCUAUCACAAGGUAUUGCUCCUCCUGCUCAUUACACAAUUCAAGGAAAAAAUUAUGAUGUCAGUUAUUAUUUAGCUGAUAGCAUAUAUCCGAAAUGGCCAACACUUGUUCAAACCAUUUCUAAUUAUGAUGAUAAAAAGAAACAAUAUUUUAUAAUGAUGCAAGAAGCAUGUCGAAAAGAUGUGGAGCGGGCAUUCGGUGUUCUCCAAUCACGAUUUGCUAUCAUCAAAGGACCAGCCCGUUUUAAGGAUAAACGAACUCUGCAUGAUAUGACUGUUUGUAUUAUAAUGCACAAUAUGAUUGUCGAAGAUGAACGCGACGAGGUCAUUUCAACUCCACAAUCAAUUCCAAAUGCUAAAAAUAUGGAGAUAACGGAAACUGAACGAUUCCAACGGUUCCUUGCUCGACAUAAGAGGUUCAAAAACAAAAAAGCUCAUUUUGCACUUUAA